CGGUAACAUUUGCAUGACUUUAGGAAUACAAUAGCAUUUCUUCGAUUGGUUUCUGUAAUUAUCCUUCAUAAGAUGACUACAACGUUGGCAAAUGAACGUUUACGUUAUAAACUUCAUUCUAUCAAUUAUCCAGCCUAUGAUGCUUUCGAUAUUUCAGAUAUAGCAAAUGUGCGAAACGUAGUUGUUUGGCUCGAAGAUAGACUAAUUAGAGCUCUCCCUGCGGAUAAAAGACUACGUGAUAUACAGUCCCCAGAAUGGAUAAAUUAUCUUAAUAAGUAUCUCCAGACUAUAAAAUGCCCUUUUAAUGAAUCAAGCUCUUGGGCUAUGUUGGAUUGGCUGCUCAGCAAGGCGUUGUUUUUAGAAUCUAACUCACCUAAAAGUACUGUACAGAACAAUACACCUGAGAAUGCUAACACAACAGUUUCUACUAAUGCUUUUAGUAGCAUAGAUGUUAACAGUAAUGAAUUCAAGGAAAAUGUCCUGAAAGCAGCCAAGUUAUUACAGAUUCCAUUACACUCAGACAUUAAAACAUUAUUCAAGGCUGUUUGUCUAGUUAUCGAACAGAAACUUGAGGUGAAUACAUUAAAUAAUGCUAUCAAAGAUUACGGUACAUGCAAGAUAGAUAUGCUGAAGCUGGACGAUGUGUGUCUUGGAUUCGAUGUCAGCGAUCCAAAUGUAAAAGCUGCAGCAAUUGCUCUAAGACUUUUAAAUAUCGACAGACUACGUAAAUUACAAGAUCAGGCUAAUGCAGGUAUAGUACAAGUCCAAAGACUCACAGCAGACCCUAAAACUGACGAGAAACUUGGCAAAGUUGGUUUUUAAUUUUUAAACAAUAUUUGCUAGUUGAAUACAUACAUUUCUUUAUGUGUA